AUGUCUCCUCUGCCGAGUUCCACAGCCUCUUUGGACGGCAAAGGGAGUGCAGAUUCAGCAGCGAAAGGAGGAAAGUCAAUGAAAAAGAUGGGUCCAAGCUAUGUAUAUUACUGUCUAUACACCAAACUCGGUGCAUUUGAAUCGAAUCAUGCCCAUAAUAACACUUUCAUUGGCCGUAUUCCAUCGAAAUUGUUUGCCCCUCCUCAUACCGUGGUGUCUAUCAAGCAGUCCCUCUGCAAAUUCGAGGGCCUUUCGGAGUCCGACAAGGCCCUUCUUUUCAUACCGCUCUCAAGCCCAGCACCCAAAAAUGACUCUGCCCACCUCCCUUUGAAGGCUCCUUCUGGGCUGGGGCUGUCUGAACAUGAUCCAAUCGCGUUGAUUGUCGAGUCGGAGAAGCGGACCAAGGAGGUCUUGCAGUCGAAGAAUUUGACGGAACAGGAUGAUACCGAUGUCCACUGGCACUAUGGCAAGUCUUGCCGACUAUACUAUCAUGUUUACCUAUUGGACAGCAAAGGAGAAGAAAAGGCAAAGACAUCCUUUGAUGAAAGUGACCUUUCGUUGGGACACAUCAACACCCUCUCCGUCGCUCCCCCUCACACCACUGGGUCUUUGAAAGCACGCAUCACAAAAGUUGAAGGCCUUGUCAUGCUGGGUCAUGCACACUACAAGAAUAUGGAACUCUUCCAAGACACGGAUGAUGAUGCUGCCAUGAGCGACACCGAUGUCAUAUCAUUCCAAGGUGACACUUAUCCUGGUAGUGAUGAAGCCGAUCCUGUAGCCCUUGUCAAUGCAACCGCCAAUACAGAAGCUGACCAAAAGGCUAAAUUUACACCAGACACUGUGGCAACUAACCCUGCUCUUUCAGAUGGACCAGAUUCAAAAUUCACGAAACACGCUCAGUUAUGUAAUAAUUGGGACUACCAUAGCGGUGAUUCCGCCUGGCUAUCAAUCAUCAAAGAUGAGAUUGUUCACACGGAUGGAGUUAUUCUCUCCAAAAUUUACACCCCUGAUGGUGCCAGCUGUAUUUCUUUCCUUUUCUGCUUCAUCACCAGUUUGUUGAUGUUGUCCAAGACAUUCAACUUGCUUUUGAUUGAUUGGUGA